UCAUUUCCUUCCAUUUCUUCCAUCCGUCGCCGGGGCUCCCGCUCCUCUGGUGUCGCCGCCGCGCCGCGCCGCGCCGCUUCUCCCCCCCAACUCAUCCGCCGCUCGCCCGACGACCUCGUCGGCGGCCGGAUCUACUCGGCGGCGGAGCGUCCAGGUCCAGCGCCUGGCGGAGCAGAGCUUCGCGGGCCAGCAAGCGAGCCUCUCCGGCGGCUGCGCGCUUAGGCAAGGCGAGAAGCUAAGGCCUUGUGCAAGACCAGGCUCUCCUCUCCGUUCUGCGUCGCCGUCUCCGACGACUCCACCGCGCACGACGAGCUCCAAGAGAGAGGGGGCAAAGAGGAAUCAAGAGUUGGAAUCGGGGAGCUUAGCGCACAGCUUUCCCAACCCCAGCGUACGGCCGCGGCCGCCGGCUUUGUCUGGCCUCUUCUGCUCCCCUCUCCUUCCUGUUCGGUUCGGCCGGAUCUAGGACUCGGAGCAGAGGCUGCGCCGCGGGCUUAGUAGGGAUCGAUCCCCGGCGAGCUCGCCCCCCCGUGACUCCUGCCUCCUCUGAUUUUUCAAUAUUAAAUCAGCCUUGUUAUUCCUUCAAUAGCAGUUCUUGGAGAUCAGAUGUGAUAAAUAUGCACACUAAAGGGGCUUCUUCUGAUGUUAUCAGAGUAAGCACAUCUAGUGCCCCUAGUACAUCAAGUCACGGUUCUGCACAAGAUGACUGUGAUUCUUCAGGUGAUGUGUAUGUAUGGGGUGAAGUUAUCUGUGAUAACUCUGUAAGAACUGGUUCUGAUACUGUAGUUAGGUCAACUGUUAGGACCGAUGUCCUGCGACCUAAGCCUUUGGAAUCUAAUUUAGUCCUUGAUGCGUAUCAUGUGGAUUGUGGAGUUAAACAUUCUGCUUUGGUCACAAAAAAUGGAGAAGUCUUUACAUGGGGUGAAGAAUCUGGUGGACGCCUUGGCCAUGGAUCACGAGAAGAUUCUAUUCAUCCUCGUCUAAUUGAGUCAUUAGCAGUUUGCAAUGUGGAUAUUGUUGCUUGUGGGGAGUUCCAUACUUGUGCUGUGACAACAGCUGGGGAACUGUAUACUUGGGGAGACGGAACACAUAAUGUUGGACUUCUAGGCCAUGGUAAAGAUGUAAGCCACUGGAUUCCAAAAAGAAUUGCAGGAGCAUUGGAAGGUCUUGCAGUUGCUUAUGUAUCUUGUGGAACAUGGCAUACAGCUUUGAUUACAACAAUGGGCCAGCUAUUUACCUUUGGUGAUGGCACAUUUGGAGUUUUAGGCCAUGGAAACCGAGAAAGCAUUUCAUGCCCAAAGGAGGUCGAGUCUUUAUCGGGGUUGAAAACGAUUUCUGUUGCAUGUGGUGUAUGGCACACUGCUGCCAUUGUAGAAGUUAUAGUGACUCAGUCAAGUUCAAGUAUAUCUUCUGGAAAGCUCUUCACAUGGGGAGAUGGUGAUAAGCAUCGACUUGGUCAUGGUGACAAAGAACCACGACUCAAGCCUACAUGUGUGGCUUCACUUAUUGAUUAUGAUUUUCACAGGAUAGCAUGUGGCCAUAGUUUAACUGUGGGUCUGACAACAUCUGGGAAAGUUUUGAGCAUGGGUAAUACUGUUUAUGGUCAGCUUGGCAAUCCUCGUUCAGAUGGUAAGAUUCCAUGUUUAGUUGAAGAGAUUGUGGGUGAAAAUGUUGUGCAAGUUGCCUGUGGUUCCUACCAUGUUGCAGUUUUGACAAUUAAGAGCGAGGUUUUUACAUGGGGAAAAGGAGCCAAUGGAAGACUAGGUCAUGGAGAUAUAGAGGACAGAAAAAUACCUACACUGGUUGAGGCAUUGAGAGAUAGGUCUGUUAGGCACAUAGCCUGUGGAGCAAACUUCACUGCUGCUAUAUGCCAGCAUAAGUGGGUCUCUGGAGCCGAGCAGUCACAGUGUGCUUCAUGUCGACAACCAUUUGGGUUCACCCGAAAGAGGCAUAAUUGCCAUAAUUGUGGACUUGUCCAUUGUAAUGCGUGCACCUCGAGGAAGGCUGUCAGGGCAGCUUUGGCUCCCAAUCCUGCAAAACCUUACCGUGUUUGUGAUUCCUGUUUCUUGAAAUUGAACAAUGCUGUAGACUCUAGUGCAAUUAGUAAAAAGAAAGAGAAUGUACUUCGCGAAAGCAACUCUGAUGGUAGAUUGACAAAAGCAAUUAUACCUAGUAAUCUGGAUAUGAUCAGAAGUUUGGAUAGCAAGGCAGCAAAACAAGGGAAAAAAACAGAUGCACUGUCGUUUCUUCGUACACCUCAAAUGAAUUCGCUUCUUCAGCUUAGAGAUAUUGCUCUAUCUGGUGGGCUUGAUCUGAACAGGCCAGUUCCAAGAGCAGUGCGCACAACGGCAGUUCGAUCGGUAAAUACUUCUAGGGCUGUUUCCCCUUUCUCUCGCAAGCCUAGUCCGCCCCGUUCUACCACACCAGUUCCAACAACUCAUGGCCUUUCUAUUGGAAAAGGUGCUGCUGAUAAUCUUGCGAAAACAAAUGAGAUGUUAAAUCAGGAAGUUGAAAGACUCCGUGCACAGGUUGAUAACCUGAGGCACCGAUGUGAGGUUCAAGAACUUGAGUUGCAGAAAUCAGCCAAGAAAGUACAAGAGGCCAUGACACUGGUUGCAGAAGAAUCUUCAAAGUCCAAAGCUGCAAAGGAAGUCAUAAAAUCGCUAACAGCACAGCUCAAGGAUAUGGCUGAAAGACUGCCUCCAGAUCAGGGAGCCUAUGAUGGGAAUGAAUCAAAACAAAUGCAUUUUCCAAAUGGCACAGAGUUGCAUGCUGCUAUCUACUCGAGCACGAAUGGCAUCCACCAGCUACAAAAUGAGUCUAUCAGUGCUUUAAACACGCCUAGCCUGAACACUGGAAGAUCCUUGCAUGCAAAUGGAAUCUCAAGUCAACAUAAAUCACUGGGUAGUAUUAGUGAACAUAGUGAAGUGAGCACUCACAGCCAUCGGGUUUCAAGCCCUCAUGACACUGAACUUUCAAAUCGAAGGGCACGGAUCAGUAGUGAUGAGUUGUUCAGUGCAAGCGGUAAAUCGGAUGAUAGCAAUAACAGGGAUGCUAGGUCCCUUCAAAAUGGUGAAGAUGGUUACAAACCUCGAGGGACAGUAUCUCUGUCCAGCAACCAAGUUCAGGCUGAAUGGAUUGAACAGUAUGAACCAGGGGUAUACAUUACACUGACAACAUUACGCGAUGGGACUCGGGAUCUGAAGCGGGUGCGCUUCAGUCGCAGGCGGUUCGGGGAGCAUCAAGCAGAGAACUGGUGGAACGAGAACCGGGAGAAGGUAUAUGAGAGGUACAACGUAAGAAGUUCCGAAAGAGUCUCGUCAGCAGCAUCAACCCGGUCAGCUCGAUGACAUGAGGAUGGCAUGCUGCUGGACUGGCUGGAGGAAGAACAUGAAGUGAGGCUCCAAAGCCAUAGUUAAAGAGGCCUUGCAACUAUCUUUUGCAAGGCCUUGAAGAGAAAAAUUCUUUUUUGGCCCUGUAGUGUGGAUAAUUAUUCUUAUUUUUCAUCCAUGAUCGUCCAAGGGGGGAUUGUGGUUCUCUGCCCCAAUGUCACUCAUGUACAUAGAGCUGUCAAACAAAUUUAGGGAGGGCUGUGAAACUAUUAGGGAGGACUAGCCCUUUCUUUUCCCUUUUUGUGUGAUGAUGAAUUAAUUGCUGAAUGGCGAAUGCAGUGCAGGUGUAAAGAUUCAGAGAAAUUUUCUGCAACCAUUUUCCAUCCUUUCUAUGUACAUGAUGCCGAUGAUACGAAGUGAAGCCUUGGUAGAAUUUCUGGAAAUAAAACUGCUCUAAAACUGCAA